UCCCUCAUGUUGUGUUUGUGCCUCUUGUACUAGUGAUUGAUUAUUUGCCUCAAUGGUACAUUUCAUUCUGCGACGGAACUGGAUCGGCCGCGUUCAUCUAGCGCUCACCCUCUUCGGACUUCCGUACACCGUAUGCAGCUCCGGAGUUAGGCCUGCCGUCUCCUGCUUGCCUGGUCAUCCAUUCAGAACCAGUCAAACCAUCAGACCCAUCAGUACCAGUUACUGUAACCGCUACGUGACAAGUGUUCAAAAAAUGCCCUCCUCAGCAGCGCCUCACAUUACAUCAAGAUGUGCCCAAUAUCCAGGGUCCAAAAUCAAACGCUUCCCUGUGCCUGAUGACAAGGUGGACUGGAGUCAGGACUGGCCGCUGUAUGAUCCAGUCUGCUACACCAGUCCUUCAGUGGCAAAUAAGCCAGUAUGGGCGGACCCUGAUAUUGGCGCUUUCUCUCCACAAUUCAACGCUGUGGACGGUAAUGUGGACAGAACGAGCUUUGAGGGCAGCUACACAGUGGAAAAUGGAAAGCCGCUAAAUCCUCACGGACGCACAGGCUUGUCUUGUAGAGGUUUGCUGGGACGAUGGGGACCCAAUCAUGCAGCAGAUCCCAUUGUCACCAGGUGGAAAAUCGAUGCCAAAGGAGCAAAAAUAAAUCACUCAGUCUCCAAACGGCCGAUCCUGCAGUUUGUGUCCAUCAAGAGGAGAGACUGCGGGGAGUGGGCCAUUCCUGGGGGGAUGGUGGAUCCAGGGGAGCAGGUUUCUCUCACGCUGCAGAGGGAGUUUUCGGAAGAAGCAUUGAAUUCGCUGGCAGUCCCGGAAACAAAGAAAGCGGAAAUCCAUGAACGCAUCACCAAACUCUUCAAAUCGUCAGGGUUUCAGGUCUAUAAAGGCUACGUGGAUGAUCCCAGAAACACUGACAAUGCUUGGAUGGAGACUGUGGCUGUCAACUUCCACGAUGAUACAGGCGACAGCGUGAGUGAGCUGCCGUUGCAAGCUGGCGAUGACGCAGGACAAGUCCAGUGGGUUGAUGUUGACUCGUCCUUCCCCCUCUAUGCGAAUCAUUCUCAUUUCCUGGAGUUGGUUUCCAAAGAGAGGAAAGCACAUUGGUAACCAAGGACAAAAGAUUCUGGUCUGGCAUAACGAUAAAGGAUACAUUAGAGUGCUGUUGCUCUGCGUUCGUUGAGAGGAUUUAUGAUGCAUGACACCUAACCUUAAGUGGAUCCUCCCUCACUAACUGCAACAUAAUAAUCAAAGUGAUACUAGUGAAAGCCUAAUAUGCAUCUCAUUACUCUGACACGCUUAUUUAAGUCCAUUAUACACAUUAAGCAACAUUGUGGCUGUGAAGUUUAAGAUUGAUAUAGUAGAAUGAAUAUAGAUGAAUUGAAUGAAAACUUAUAAAGUUUUUCCUACUAUUUUAAAACGUGUGUUUCACUCAGUGAAAAGAAAAAAAAGAGUAAUGUGCAUAUCCAUAAAAAAAUGUGCCUGUUAAAAGCAAGAUGCUGCUCAGUGGCACACUUCAGCAAAAGACGAGGCUAACCACAUUAUUUCUGUUGAAGCAAAUUAUGCUAAUGUAUUCAAUGUUAACAAGGAUCCCAUUAACCAGUGUGAUCGUGUUAGAACAAACACAAUGAGCUGCUGAGCAUAACACAUACCACAUUAAUUUAAGUGUGAUAAGGGGGGCAAUCAGAACGAAAUGGUGCAGACUGACUUUGAUCUUUACAUGUGAAUAGAAUAUGAAGAUCUCCUCACAGCCUGGCUGUGUAGCGAAGCUCAGCACGGACAGGCUGAAGCUGGAGGAUAGACAUGUUUUCAAGUGGUAACAGAUGGUGGAUGCAAAGGCCAUUUCACACUGAACAGCCUGCCUUUCCAAAUGUUCACAUUGUUACGUGUCAUCUCACUGCUGGCCAUACUUUGCGAUGAAACGGGGAUGCAGAAUUACACCUUAAACGGUUGGUAUCUGUUAAGAUACAUGAUAAAAACAGUAACAUGCGGACAUUUCUGUCGUCAACAGGAAGCCAAGCUGCAUAAUUAGCUUAAUUGAGUUAGUAUAUUCAGAGAAAGCUGCAUCAUCCCACAUUUUUUACCUAGCAUUAAAACAUGCUCAUGUUUGCAUUAAAAUAAAAGUUUGAGAUUCACUACAUGUUAAGUUUUCGUUAUUCUAUCAAACUAGAGAGGAUGUCCAUUUAGCACUUUCGAGAAGAAUGUGGCCUUAAUUGGGUUAAUCAAGUGGGAGCUUCCUACAAGAAACAGUUCAUUGAUUUAGCUCCACAACAGUUCUACGAGGCACUGCUAAUCUUAUAAACCCUAUAAGUCCUUUUUAUUUGCUCUCAUCAGCAGCUAUGCGUGGGGAGGUUCUUAUCUAAUUAUACAGUUCAAUCUUUUAACAAGUACAUUUUGUGAUAUGAUCUGAAAAAUUCCCACCCAUACAGAUGCAUAUUCAUACUCCAGUAGGCUCUAAGUGCGUGCAGGCGAUUUAACAGCAUCACUGGAGCAUUUACAGUAUCCGAAGUUAUAGAAUUUUUGUUGUUGUGCAACGUGGAGAGUUGUGGUGUAUCUAAAUUGGCAAACUGAGUGUCAGAAAAUCCUCUAACCUUAGGCUCUGAAGUGUGAAAUGUGAUUUAUUUAUAUAAAUGGUAGAUAGAGAGAGCAAUUCUCAAUCAGAUUCUCUACAAGCAAAUGAUCAAAUAUUGUUAAUUAAAUUAUGAAAAUGAACAAGAAAGAAACUUAUGCUGAAUUAUUCUUAGUGUGUGACACUAAAAUAUCUGAUGCUGUGUUCUUGUUUUUACUUAAAAUUGCAAAUCAUUAAGUUAAUGUGUGCAUCUUUCCUCAUAAAAUCUAUAUAAAGUAA